AUGGCGGCGGCGGCGGGGCCUCGCGGCGGGCGGCGCGGCUGCGAGCUGUGCGGGGCGGCGGCGCGGCGCUGCUGCGCCCGCUGCGCCCGCGUCUACUACUGUGAUGUAGAUCAUCAGAAAGCUGACUGGGUUAGCAUCCAUGAGAGAAUAUGCCAGCUGCUGAUUCCGAUCCAUACGCCCUUACCUUUUUUCAGUUCUGAAAAAGAAAGAAAACAUGGCAUGGAACAGCUGCUGAACAGGCAGAAACACAUAAUCGAUCUUGCGUAUAGCACAGCCCAGAAGUUUAUUCUUGAAGGAAAGCCUGGAAACGCAAUACCUGCAGGUUUGCAAGCACUGCGUUUCAGCAUUCGCGUGUAUGGCUCAUACUCUGUGGAUGUGGUGCCUGCUUAUCUCAUCUUGGCCGAGGCCUGCAUUGGUGCUGACUGUCUUAUGCAGGCAACUACGUAUCUCUCCCAAGCUCAGUGGGUUGUCCUCAAAACUCCAGACUGCAGCCUUGCCAUUCAGCACAAACUGCAUCGGGAUCUGGGUCUUCUCUAUGCCGCUAAAGGAAACCUCGAGCAGGCUGCGUAUCACCUGGCCAAUGACAUUUACCUUGCUAGUUGUGCAUUUGGACCACGUGCCAUUCAGACAGCUGGAGAAUAUUUCCACAUGGCUGAUAUUUUCCUUCGCCAGAACAAAAUGGAUGUAGUAAACUCACUCUAUGCUGAGGUGACUGCCAUCUGGCAUGCCUUCCUCAUGAAGUCAGUUCAAACACAGGAGCAAAUACUCAAGUCGCAAGCAGAAGCGUCCCCGUUCGACGAGGACAGGGAGGUUGGCAAAGAUCAUCUGACUGAAGCCCAGCAAGCAGAAGCAAUUCAAGCACUGAAUGCAAUAUUAGAUUUCAGAGAACAGGCACCAAAGCAACAGCGUGAUGAAACUGCUAAAGUUUUGCAUUCUCUUGCAAUGCUUUAUUACAUGAGCAUGGAUUUAUCAAAGGCGCAGGAAGCGGGGGUGAAAGCCUUCGAGCUGGUGAAACAACUGCCCCAGCAAGACUCUCUGGAGGCCGUUGAUCGUUUGUUAAAAUUGAUUAAGUCCAAGCCUUUUUACGAAAAAUGAGCUAUUUCUACCAGACGUAGGUGUUUAGCUAGAUCAUCCAUUUAACUAGAUUGCUGACAACACAAUGCAAAUGCAUUACAAACUGAAGGUCCUUACUGCUACUGGUGUCUUUCUACACAUGUCCCUUUUCCACCUCAAGCUGUUAAUGAAAAGUUAAACUUUAUGGUCCUUUUAGUUGAUUUUCCUGUGCUGGUCAGCCACUGCGGAUGGUUGUGCAAUGACUCAGGGUGAAGGUGGGGAAUCAAAAGAACAACCAGCACAAGGUGAAUAAAUAAUUACCUACCUGCCAGCACAAAGAA